GCCUGCAUUCCUGUCAAGUGGGGGCGCAGCGCGUGGGCACAGCGUGUGCCAAUGUAGACUGCAGAAAUGAGUUACUACCAGGAAGCUCGCGCAGCCAAGAAAGCACUAGAACGACAAGCCGAUGACCACAAAAGGAAACAGGAGCGGCGCGCGGAGCUUAGCGAAUCGGUGGAGCACGCUCUAAAUUACCUCUACGUGGAAGGCCGCAGCUGCAAAAUUGCUCGGAACACAGAGUCUCAUGCCAACCUUGAGAACGGCGUCGGCCUCAUCACCUGGAAUGGCAGCACGAUUGACCGCUUCGAUGGCCGCGCACUGCUGGACUUCUACAAGGAGCCGGACCCCUCGGUAUUUAACCGGCCCAAGGCGCCCAAUGAGGAGAGACUCGAGCUGUCACUGCGCUUCGAGAGCUUCCGCGACGCCGUGCGGCUGAGCGCCAAGGGGCUGAGCGAGGACAAGGGCAUCGAGUUCGCGCACCAGGAGAACAUCGAGAUCCGCGCCGCCCGCCGCGCCGCCGCCGCCGCGCAGGCGGCAGCGACAUCGGGCCACCGUAACCCGCAGCCGCUGUCAAUGGCAACACCGUCGCUUGCGGGCACGGGCUCCUUCGCCGCGGUGGGCUUCAAUUACGGCGGCAGCAGCGAAGCCGCCGGAGCCGCAGCCGGCAGCGACGGCAAUGACAGCAGUAGUAGCAGCGACAGCGACAGCAGCAGCUCCUCAGACAGCGAGCCUGAUGACGGUCUUGACGCGGACGCGCGGCAGGAGUUGGAGGACGACCGCAUUGACGACAUCGCAGAGCAAUUUGGCCUGAACGACUUCUCCUUCCGCCUGCACAAGGCGCUGGCGCAGGAGGGCGAGGAGGAGGCGCGCAUGCGGAAGCCGCCCAGGCGGCGCGGCAACCGCAAGGCCACGCGCGAGCGCGCCAAGCGCAUGCAGGGCCAGGGCCUGGACCCACGCACCAAGGAGCGAGUGGGCGUGGCGCGGGACUGGACGCAGCCGCCGCCCAAGAGCCGGCGGGACGACCGGUUCGGUCGCGGCGGUAAUGCGGACGUGCCGGUAGAGGUGGACCCGGGCGACGACCUGGGCGGCACCUUCCGCCGCAGCUCUGGACGGCGCUCGCCCGGCCGGCCACGGUCCAGGUCUCGCUCACGGUCGCCGGACAGGCGGCCGCAGUUUAUCACCGAGUUCAGCAGCGCGGCUACCGGCAGUGGCGGCGCCGGGGGAUCUGGAGCCGCCGGCCUGGCGGCGCUGGCGGCUCAGCACCAGGCGGCGGCGCGGCGGCCCGCAAUCGACCGGUCGGUGUUUGAGCAGGACGAGGGAGCCAUCCUGGACGCACUGCCGGGCGGCCCCGACCCCGCGGCCAUGGGCGCGCAGCCCAUCCCCUUGCCGCCCACCUCGGUGCAGGCGCUCAGGGCGGCCGCGGAAGGCCGGCGCGGUGGCCGCCGAGAGCGGGAGCGGGAGGAGCGUGAACGCGAGCGCGAACGGGAGCGCGACUACCACGGCUACAGCUACCGCCGCCGCUACGAGCAGCGCAGCAGCCGCAGUCGUAGUCGCGAGCGCGAACGGGAACCCGAACGCGAACGGGAACGGGAUGCAGACCGCGACCGUGAUCGGGGACGGGACAACGACCGUGACCGCGACCGCGACCGGGGCCGGGAGUACGAGCGCGAGAGGGAGCCGGAGCGUGGUGGCAGCAGCUACGGCGGGAGAGGUGGAGGCGAGGCAGAGCGGGAUCGUAACCGGGAGCGGCAGCGCUCCGGCGCGGGCACGUCGGGCUCGGGCCAGGCGAGGGCGUACGGCGCCUCGGCUUCGGCGGCGACGGCUGGGCGGGUGGCUAGCAGCUCGGCGGCGGCGCCGGGAGGAGCAGCGGGGGCACCUGCUGGCGUGAAGGAGACACCACAGGAGCGGCUAAAGCGGAUCAUGGCUGCACAGCUGAACAAGCAGGCGCAAAAGGAUAACAUACAGGCUGCGCAGAAGAAACUGCAGGAGGAGAAGGAGAAGGAGGCGCGUGUAGCGCUGGAGCGAGUGGUCAUGCGCCGCUCGCCCUCGCCACCGCCCCGGGACCGAGCGGAUUAUUACGACCACCACAGGGGCCGCUCGCGCUCCCGCUCCAGGUCGCCCGGGCGCUACCGGCGGCGCAGCCGUAGCAGGUAGUGCGCAGGCCGUGUGUAGCCAGCCUGCGCAAGUGCAGCGGUUGUGCAAAGGUGGCUAAUCAUGAUGCAGCGAGGGGAUGGCGGUGGCGUGAGAAGGUGGCACGCGCGGGAUGGGCGCUGAGUAUUCCGUUUCAAAGCAAGGCCACUGGGUUGGGGCAAUAAUAUUGUCUAGCAUUCAUGUCCUCGUGUGCUUGUGGUAGGGAAGCUGUAUCAACGCGCCACAGGGUACUGUUAUGGGGUUUCAGGCACACCGAGAUGUGAUGGUCUGGCCGCAGCCGAAUCUUCUGUCUGCCUCCACCUCGCUUCCCAUUUCAACCAUGAGUUUGUAACGGGCGGUGGUC